ACCGAAACCACUUCCCCCCCCCCCUCCUCCCCCCGCGGUGCAGACAUGGCCCUGUCCCGACUGGAGAAGGUCCAGGUGUGGCUCCUGAAGGCGGCGGCGGGGCUCCUGUUCGCGCUGUUCCGGCUCCUGUCCCCUCGCAGCGGGGCGCCGUCGGGGAGCCGCAAGCUGCCGCCCGUCAGCUGCCCUCUGCUGCUCAUGUCGGCCACGCGGCUCGCCCACAAGAUCCGGAAGAAAGAGGUGUCGAGCGUGGAGGUGGUGCAGGCCUACAUCGACAGGAUCCAGGAGGUCAACCCCUUUCUGAACGCCGUGACUAAAGACAGGUUCGAUGCGGCCCUGCAGGAGGCGAAGCAGGUCGACGUGCUGAUUGAGGAGGAGACUGGAGGAGAGGAGGUGCUGGAGGACCGACUGCCUUUACUGGGAGUCCCGCUCUCUGUCAAAGAGUCCUUUGCCCUCCAGGGUAUGCCCUUCAACGCCGGUAUGGUUUCCAGGAAAGGAGUGGUGGCCACGGUCGACGCUCCCCCGGUGGCCCUGCUGAAGCGGGCGGGCGCCAUCCCGAUGGCCGUCACCAACACCAGCGAGCUGUGCAUGUGGUGCGAGUCCAACAACCACCUCCACGGCAUCACCAACAACCCGUACGACUUCCAGAGGAGCCCGGGAGGAAGCUCAGGGGGGGAGGGCAGCAUCCUGGGAGGAGCGGGCGCAGUCAUCGGCGUGGGCUCCGACAUCGGCGGCAGCAUCCGGGUGCCCUGUUUCUUUAAUGGAAUAUUCGGACAUAAAACCACGCCUGGCGUCGUCUCCCUCGAGAACCAGUUCCCCGUCUGCAGCGGCCGACAAGCGGAGUUCUGCAGCAGUGGUCCCAUGUGCCGCUACGCCGAGGACCUGCUGCCGAUGCUCAGGAUCAUGGCCGGACCCAACACCGGCAUGUUGUCCUUAGACACAAAGGUCGACCUGAAGAAGCUGCGGUUCUUCACCAUCCCUCACGACGGCGGCUCUCCGAUGACGUCGCCGGUCAGCAAGGAGCUGAUGGCCGCUCAGAGGAAGGUGGUGGAGCGGCUGGAGGCCGACCUCGGCGUCCAAGUGCAGGAAGUGCACUUCCCGGAGUUCCGCUACGCAUUCCAGAUCCGGGGCACGUACAUGAGUCUCCCCGACAAGGAGGGCAAGCCUCCGACGCCAUUUGUUGAGCUGAUGGGGGAACCAGGAAAACCUCUGUGGCCUUUUUGGGAGCUGCUGAAAUGGAUGGUGGGAAAAUCAGAUCAUACUAUUCCUGCUAUAGGUUUGGCUCUGAUGCAGAAGGCUCGCGUCACCGAACCCUCCGCAUUCAUCAUCCAGCAGAAGGAGCGGCUGCAGAAGAACGUUGACGAGCUGCUGGGCACCGACGGCGUCUUCCUCUACCCGUCGUACCCGAGGGUGGCUCCCAAACACCACCACCCGCUCUUCAGGCCGGCCGACUGCGCCUACACAGGUAUCAUCAACAUGCUCGGGCUGCCGGUCACCCAGUGCCCUCUGGGUCUGGGCGAGGAAGGUCUGCCCCUGGGGGUGCAGGUCGGCGCGGGCAAGCUGCAGGACCACCUGACCCUGGAGGUGGCCCUGUACCUGGAGAAGACGUUUGGGGGCUGGAGGGACCCCGGGGCCAACUGAGACCAGACACUCGCGCUUAAAAAAAAAAGAGAUUAUCACACAAAACAAGUUUCUUUGACUGAAUAUGGACACUUUUAACAUUUUAACAUGGUGCUAGUCCCGUGUGCAGUGCCCAUUCCUGCCUUUUAUAGGGCAGCUACAAGUACAAGAGUGCAGUACCAUUUUCAGUGCAGGACCAGGUUCGAGGCCCACAUUGUUGUUGCUCCUUUUUUAUAUAUAUAUAUAUAUAAAUAAGAAUAUUAAUAUUAAUUAUUUACAAAAGCCCUAACUCAAACUGUUCCACUAAUAAGAUGAAAUGGAGCAAAAGUCUUCUGGAAAGACAAACCCAACAAGACCAAUAAAGAUGCUUCUUUAGCACCAAAAUAAAAGACAGGAGUUAUUGUUUAACGUAUAAAUAGCAUGAAGAUCCAGAAUAAUCUGCUGUGUAACUAUAGCUGUCAGACAAACGCAUUGGAGCGAGAUGUAAACAUUAUUCAUUACAAAUAAUGUAGCCGAGUAGAAAUAAAUGAAAUAACGUGUAAAUAUUCAAAGUAGCUCAGAUAAAAAAAAUUGCAUCUUUAUUUUUACGGUAAAAGUUAUGGAGAAAUUAAGCAAACAAUACAAAUAAACUGGGAGGCAAUGAAUGAUAAGAUGUCAUUAGCAUUAUUUCAAAUGGUCAAAUAUUUGCUGCUACGUGCUCAGUUUGUUCAAUAAGAAAUGAAGGGGUGAACGUGACAGCCUUCAGCGAUGCUGCCCUCUAGUGCCCACAGAGCGUUACUGCACCACAGAAUAUCUGCAACAGGAAAUACGCAUUACUUAGGUACAAAUACCAUAAAUUGUACUACAAUACACCAAAUUCAUCUUAUCGUAGUCACUAAAGCUGUAAAAAAAAAAGUCAUGUAGGAAGUUAGAGAAAAACGGUCCAUUAAAAUGGGAUCUUAUUAAAGAUUUUGAAAAUG